AUGGCCUCGGAUCGCGGGGUCCCAGGGGCCGGUGUCUUUGGAGAUUUACCCCCGAGUUAUACGCGCUCCCAGCCGCCGCCUCCAAACCCAGACCUGCUCCGGAGACCCAGCUACUGCCACGCCGCUUUCGCACUUAAACAGAUCUCAAAGGGUAAGGCGGUGGGUCAGAAAGCUCCUCUGUGGAUCCGGGCCAGGUUCCAGGCCCUCCUGUUCUCUCUGGGCUGCCACAUCCAGAGGCACUGUGGGAAGGUCCUCUUUAUCGGACUCUUAGUAUUUGGGGCUCUUUCUGUGGGACUCCGAGUCGCAGCAAUCGAAACAGACAUCGAACAACUAUGGGUGGAAGCGGGCAGUCGGGUAAGCCAGGAGCUUCGUUACACCAGAGAGAAGCAGGGCGAGGAGUCAGUCUUUACCUCACAGAUGCUAAUCCAGACCCCCAAAGAAGAGGGCACCAAUAUUCUUACCCAGGAUGCUUUGCUAGUUCAUAUGGAAGCUGCCCUGUCUGCCAGCAAGGUCCAGGUGUCAUUGUUUGGAAAAUCAUGGGAUCUUAACAAAAUAUGCUAUAAAUCAGGAGUCCCCAUCAUAGAAAAUGUCAUGAUUGAAAGGAUGAUUGACAAGCUAUUUCCCUGUAUGAUAAUCACCCCGCUGGACUGUUUUUGGGAGGGGGCCAAACUACAGGGAGGCUCCGCCUAUUUACCGGGUAUGCCUGACAUCCAGUGGAUGAAUCUUGAUCCAGUCAAGCUGAUGGAGGAACUGAGUCAGUUCACCUCAUUGGAGGGAUUUAAGGAGAUGUUGGACAAAGCCCAGGUGGGACAUGCCUACAUGAACAGACCCUGUCUAGACCCCUCAGACCUAGACUGUCCUCUUAGUGCACCCAACAAGGAGCACGGAGAGAGUCCUGACAUUGCUGGGCGUCUCCAGGGUGGUUGCCAUGGUUUCAGCAGGAAGUUCAUGCACUGGCAGGAGGAGCUGAUCCUGGGAGGGCGGGUCAAGAACAGCCAGGACGCUCUGCUGAGUGCGGAGGCUCUCCAAACCAUGUUCCUGUUGAUGAGUCCUAAGCAGCUGUAUGAGCACUUUAAAGACGACUACGAGAUCCAUGACAUCAACUGGAAUGAAGAAAAGGCCACCGCCAUCCUUGAGUCCUGGCAAAGGAAAUUUGUGGAGGUGGUCCACCAGAGUAUUCCAACUAACUCCACUCAGUCCAUCCAUGCGUUCUCCACUACCACCCUCAAUGACAUUAUGAAGUCCUUCUCUGAUGUCAGUGUCAUAAGGGUCGCCGGGGGAUACCUGCUGAUGCUGGCCUACGCCUGUGUGACCAUGCUGCGAUGGGACUGUGCUAAAUCCCAGGGUGCCGUGGGUCUGGCGGGGGUCCUGCUUGUGGCUCUGUCAGUGGCUGCAGGACUGGGUCUCUGCUCCCUGCUUGGCCUUUCCUUUAAUGCUGCCACCACACAGGUGCUUCCCUUCCUGGCGCUAGGGAUUGGUGUGGAUGACAUGUUUCUGUUGGCUCACUCCUUCACAGAGGCUGAAAGCAACAUCCCCUUUAAGGAGCGAACAGGCGAUUGUUUACGCCGCACAGGCACCAGCGUGGCUCUGACUUCCAUCAACAACAUGAUCGCCUUUUUCAUGGCUGCUCUCGUACCCAUCCCCGCUUUGCGAGCUUUCUCUUUGCAGGCGGCCAUUGUGGUUGUGUUUAACUUCGCCAUGGUGCUGCUCAUCUUCCCCGCCAUCCUCAGUCUGGACCUCCAUCGGCGUGAGGACAAGCGGUUGGAUGUCCUCUGCUGCCUGUACAGCCCUUGCUCAGAUCGUGUCAUCCACCUGUCUCCGCAUGAGUUGUCUGAUGCAGGAGAACAGUCACACACACCUACAACACCAAGGGCCCACACACACCAGUACACAACGGGGUCGACCAUCACCACCAGUACCCAAAUCACCACCACAGUGCAGGCGUUUACACAGUGUGAUGCAGCAGGCCAGCAUAUUGUCACAAUCCUGCCACCUACAUCCCAGAUUUCCACCAGCCCCGCUUCUAUUAUAGUGUGUCCCACCUCCCAGGCUCAAGCCAUCACACCUUCCCCCUCCUCCACCUCUGUGCCAGACCCCUAUGGCUCCCAGCUCUUCACUCCUACCUCCAGCUCCACCCGGGACCUCUUAGCCCAGGUUGAGGACUCCAAGUCGGGAAAGAAGUGUGUCCCGCUCCCAUUCUUGCACUGGAACCUGUCAAGUUUCGCCAGAGAAAAAUACGCCCCUCUGCUCCUGAAGCCCAAGAGCAAAGCCAUCGUGGUGGUUCUCUUCCUGGGCCUCCUCGGCCUUAGUCUUUAUGGGACCACCAUGGUGCACGAUGGACUCUAUCUAACAGACAUUGUGCCUCGGGACACCAAGGAAUAUGAUUUCAUUGACGCCCAGUUUAAGUAUUUCUCUUUCUACAACAUGUACCUGGUGACGAUGGACAGAUUCGAUUACGCCAGGUCACAAAGGCUGCUGAUUCAGCUGCACAACGCCUUUAACUCUGUUAGAUACGUGGUCAGAGACAGCGACAACAAACUACCCCGCAUGUGGCUGCAUUACUUCCAGGACUGGCUCAGAGGUCUUCAGGCUGCUUUUGAUGCCGACUGGCAGGCAAGCAGGAUUACCUCUGACAGCUAUCGCAACGGGACUGAGGAUGGAGCUCUGGCAUACAAGCUCCUCAUCCAGACCGGCUCCAAGAAAGAGCCUUUCAACUACAGCCAGUUGCUUUCUCGACGACUGGUGGAUGCAGAGGGUCUGAUUCCUCCAGAGGUGUUUUAUAUUUACCUGACAGUUUGGGUCAGUAAUGAUCCUCUGGGCUAUGCUGCAUCCCAGGCCAACUUCUACCCACAUCCCAGAGAGUGGAUUCAUGAUAAGUACGACACCACAGGGGAGAAUCUGCGUAUUCCAGCUGCAGAGCCUCUGGAGUUUGCUCAGUUCCCCUUUUACCUGAAUGGUCUUCGGCAGGCCAGCGACUUUGUGGAAGCAAUUGAGAGUGUGCGGGCCAUCUGCGAUGAGUUUAGCCGCAAGGGUGUGUUCAACUACCCUAACGGCUACCCCUUCCUGUUCUGGGAGCAGUACAUUGGCCUCCGACACUGGUUCCUUCUGUCAAUCAGUGUGGUGCUGGCUUGUACCUUCCUGGUCUGUGCCAUUCUCCUGCUCAACCCCUGGACCGCUGGCAUCAUUGUGUUUAUCUUGGCCAUGAUGACAGUGGAGCUGUUUGGCAUCAUGGGUCUGAUUGGCAUCAAGCUGAGUGCCAUCCCUGUGGUCAUCCUGAUCGCCUCAGUGGGCAUCGGAGUGGAGUUCACUGUUCACAUUGCUCUGGGCUUCCUGACAGCGAUUGGCAACAGAAACAAGCGCUCAGCGGUGGCUCUGGAGCACAUGUUCGCCCCGGUGGUUGACGGAGCGAUCUCCACACUGCUGGGUGUUCUCAUGCUGGCAGGGUCAGAGUUUGACUUCAUCAUGAGGUAUUUCUUUGCUGUGCUCGCCAUCCUGACUGUUUUGGGAAUGCUAAAUGGCUUGGUGCUCCUGCCAGUCCUCCUCUCCAUGAUGGGACCUCCAGCUGAGGUUACCCCAGUUGAUAACGCCAGCCGCCUGCCCACCCCGUCCCCCGAACCUCCACUGCCUCCACCAAUGACCCACCAUGGGUACUACACAGGCCAUCACAAUCCCAGAUCAUCUCACCCACAGGCAUUUUCAGAGUCAUCAGACUCAGAGUAUUACUCUGAGAUGACCACAACUUCAGGCAUUGGGGAGGAGGAUUACAAGUACUGUGACCGGAGCACAUACAUAGCAUCACACACCAGUGUUCCACCUGCUACAUCUCACAUCCUGCUGGAAGCCAGCAAGAACCCCAGCUUCCCCAAGCUCACGGUGGUGAAGCCAUUCAAAGAAAAUACAACAGGUCAUGGAGCAAGGAUUGAACCAUCAAGUGAACCCUCUCACCAUCCACAGUCAACGCUAAGCUCCCAGGUUACGUGCUGGGAUGGAAACAAGCAGGAGCCGGGGCUCCAGAGGCUCCAGGCACCAUCCAGCCAGCAUUUGCCCAGUGACAGGGUUCAUUUCUCUGGGAGGACUUCUCAAAGUGGCCCCAGGCUUCAAAACAGCAGAGGACCUCAGCCAAACAGGACUAAAGGGCACAGCUAUAGCAAUAGCAACUCUGCCCUGCCCUCACAGCAAGGUUCCAAUGGAGGACCUGUUACCAUGGUUACAGCCACAGCAUCAGUGACAGUAGCUGUGCACCCGACCUUGCCGGGGGCAGCAUACCAAGGCUACAUGCAUGAAGGUUUUGACACGGACAGUGAGUCGGACUGUUUCGAGGCUACUAAGAGGACUUAUAGUGACAAAACAAACUUUUCUUCAUGUAAGAGAGACUCACUAGAGCUCCAGGAUAUAGAAGCAACACAGAGCCAGACAGAGCAUCAGCAUGGCAAGACACAAGGUGGGUUGAGGAUCCAGGCAUCCAAAGAUUGCUAGACUCCUCUCACACAUCAUACCUACUCACUUCGAGUCUCUUGCUGCUUCACAGAGCACCUUGAUGCCUUUCGCGUCACAUGGCGUCACAUCUUGAACUCUCAACUGUACAUAGACUUCACACAAAAAAGGAGAGGAUUUAUUUCAUGGACAUAUAAAAAAAUGACUUGUUUUAAGAAUUAUAUAAAUCUAUGAGUAUAUAUUUUAAUACUAAAAAGAGGGAAGCUAUUUAAAAGAGUACUGUAUAACAUGGGUAUACUCUUGUGUAAAAGUUCAGAUGUAAAAGAUUAUUUGUUUGUGGGGCGGUUGUUUUUUUUCUCCACAGUGUACAGAAUAUGAAAUGUGUUAUAUGUAAAAAGUGUCCACAAAAAGUGAGAUGUUAUUAAGAUAUUAGACUAUUGAACAUACAUGGUCAGUGUUUUAUCUCUAUUUGUAUUGUUUCUUUUUUCUUUUUUUCCUUUUUUUUGCUGCUACACUUCAAAAUAAUUUUAAGUGAUUUGCCUUAAAAAUGCAGUACCCCCCUCACCCCCCCAUCAAGUCAAAAUAAUGAAUAAUUAGAAAAUUUGCUCACAGUGCUACACUGUGAGAUGUUCUGUAUCUGACACACCCUCUGUUGUAUGUUUAAAUGUGGAUGUACCGUGUCACAGUGUGCACUGUUAAAGGCUUGAACAGCAGAUCCUGUUUGAGCAGCCGCCGUGCCUUUAGUAUCACCCUUAUCCUUAUUAUCACAGCAUUCAGAGCUCAGUAUUAUGUUCGUCUUAUCUCACUGAGUGUUUGUCAGGAAGCAGCAGUAGACUGAUGGUUGUUCAUAAAUAGGUCAUAGUUAAUUCAUAUUUCAUGUUAAUAAUCUAUUGUCGUCUGCAGUUUUUAAACUACUUGAAGGAGCUGUGAUAAGAUUUUUGUUUUGCAGUUUUGUAAGCUCGACAGUAAGUGAACAUUUGUCACCUUUUGGAUGACAACUGUGUUAUUCACCUACUCAUAUUAUUUUGAAAGGGAAUUAUUAAAUUUAAUGCAAAGGGAGCAAUUUUUUUAGUUUUAUUUUAGUUUUUCUUUGCUGGCUGCUUGAGGGUUGUAACAUGUUCAUGUUGUGACCCUGUGCAAUUAUCAAUAAGGUAUCUUUAGCAUUUAUGACUUUAUAUGAGCUGGCUCUGCCUAACAGAGUUAGUUUAUACUUCUUAGUGCUUCAACCUGCUCUGACUUCUCUUCUGUUCACAUUUUAAUUUCCUCUUAUUAAUCUAAACCUCAUGUGUGCCACGUUACAUGUUUUGUCAUUUUUAGUGUUUUCAUUUAAUAAUUUGCUUUAUCAAGUCGUCAUUGUUGUUCAGUAUUGGUCUCAUCACUGCCAGGUUAAAUUGCAGGGAAAACUUGUCAUGUCAUGUCAUUUAUUUAAGUGGCAGCUUUGGUUUCUUUGUAAAUAUGGAAGAAAAGUAAAGUAGCUACCAUUCAGUUGUGAAUACUUAAGCAAAAAAAAAAACAAAACAAAAAAAAACAGCAAAGCACCAUUUACAUGAC